CAUUACGAUUGGACUUGAAUAGGUAGACAACCGUCUUCCAUUAAUGCCAUUGAUGCAAAUUCUUUUGAUAGGAAAAGUGGAACUAAGGUGAAAACAUAGUUAAAACGUUGAAUGCUUAUGGCUUAAAGAAACCACUGCCAAUGGCAUUCAAACCAAAAUUCUGAAGUGUAAUGUGUACUUCACGAUCUGGAAUCCCUUUCCGACAUGAUCAACCAUUCCAAUUUUAGCUGUGUAUUAUUGCUGCUUAAUCUGAUCUUAUAAAAAAAUUUCAAUCUUUAUUUCCGGUAUAUAUGUGAGUGCUUACAGAAUUUAUAGAAACAAGAUGGGCGAAGAAGAAUCAAGCAAAGAACCGAUGCAAUUCCUCAGCGGGAACAAGGAAAACACGUGUAACGACGACGUUUUGAACUCAAAUUCCUAUUCCAGCUACCGUAAUGUCAUCACCACCCUCUCCUCCUCGUCGGAGAACUCCCAAUUGCCGGCUGCGGCCGAAGAACGGACCAUCUCCGAUCCCCUCCUGUUUCUACCUGACAAUCCCUCCACCGAAUCAUAUGUUGAUGUCAUCUUCAGCCCUCUGGAUGACGGGUCGGCCAUAUCACCUACUUCCGAACCCGGAGAAAUUAUUGAUGAAUUAACAAUUUUGCAAAAAUCAAGAAAAACCAGCUCAGAGUAUUUGAACGUCACCGUUUCCAAUCCGCAAAAAGAGUCGGAAUCCUCCAAUUCGAUUGUUCCGGGUGGCAACACGUAUGUUACUUAUUUGAUUACCACGAAUACGAAUAUUCCAGAUUAUGGAGGGUCUGAUUUUAGAGUCCGGAGAAGGUUCAAGGACGUUGUUAUACUCUCGGAUCGCUUGAAUGAAAGUUACAGAGGAC